AUGCCUCCAAGAAGAGCGCGCAAAACGUCGCCUGCGGCUGAGCGUCGCGAGCGCUUGACUUUGGCCAAACUAGCCAGCUACGAUGAUGUCGCAACUGAUGCGCUAGUGGACCACGCCUAUUUCUGGACAACCACGCGCAAGAAUCGUACCAAGUACAGUCCGGCUCGAGGCAUUCGCGACGACGACAUUGGGCGCAUCCUCCUCCACGAUGUGAUUGUCAAGAAGGAUCUCCCCGCCGCGGAGAACAAGUUGCUGGAUAUCUCCGGCCUCAAGAAAUACAUCACCAACCUCCGCAGCCCCCGAGAGAAGGAAUGGUUUCGCCGACACCUCCGCAAAUACAUCCAGAUGUAUCUUCCAGACUCCCCCUUCGAGGUCACUACCACCAACCGGUACAUCAUCACACAACAUGAGGCGGCCAUCUGCGCACGGAGGUUCAUCAAAAAGGGCGAGGAGAUCAAAUACCUGAGUGGAACACUCGUGUCAAUGACACACGAAGAGGAGCUGGAUCUCGGUCUGACUCGCAAGGACUUCAGCAUUGUGAUGUCCAGUCGCCGCAAGACCCCAUCAUUCUUCCUGGGUCCCGCGCGAUUCGCCAACCACGACUGCGAUGCCAAUGGUAGUCUGACAACGCGGGGCAAUGAGGGCAUGUCUGUCGUGGCUACGCGCAAUAUCCACGAGGGCGAGGAAAUUACAGUCUCCUACGGCGAAGACUAUUUUGGUGUUGACAACUGCGAAUGCUUGUGCAUGACAUGUGAACGAGCGGUACGAAAUGGGUGGUCACAGAAUGCCGACUCGGACGCGAAUAGUAAAGAGUCCAGCCCAGUAUCUGAUGCUGCGCCAGCCGACGACAACGCGACAAGCAGGAAACGUCGUCGCAGCCCACAGACGGACGAUUCUGAUAGCUCGUCCACUGUCAACUCUACCCCGCGCAAGCGCGCAAAGUUCCAGCGACAGGUUUCCAAACUACGCAAGGAGAUCUCAGCUUCUGAAUUAGCUGGGGAGUCAGUGCCUACGCCUGAAUCUGAUGCCACGCCUGUCCCGGAAACUCUUCUCAUUCCAACUAACAUAUUGGCUCAUACCUCCCCCCAGGUGGCCAAGUUGAAGGGGGAGAUCUCAGAACUCACUGCUAACGCAUCAUCCGGCUCACAAACACCGAUCUCCGUUGAUGCAGAAUCGAAACAGGCAGAUGUCACAGCAAAUGGUACAUCUGGAGAACCCGGCCAAACUCCAACUGUCCCUGAGUGUCAUUCUCCUACCUCCAACGCUGACGAAUCCCAUCGCUCAUCGAUGUCGACCUCGCCUACGACCGUGGACGACAUUGAAACGAAGAUCAAAGCCGAAGAAGUCACGUCCGAACCAAUCGAAUCCGAAGCUGCUCCAGAAGGUCGGUCUCCUACAAACUCCCUCGACCAACUUUCCAAACAAGAAUUGCCAGACUCAGACUCUUGUGCAGUAGACGAAACAGAAGCCACAGCCGAAAAGCCCAGGACGAAAAGGACUUACACCAAGCGGCGGUUCAUUGUCGAUUCUGUCGAGAGUGACUCGCAGGUUGCUCGAGUGCCCGGCGACUACACCAAGACAUCACGGUUGCUCGCCCAGAAGUAUGACCGAUGGGUCGAAUGUCAAACCUGCGAUUCCUGGUUUCUACAAUCGAACUCAUACCUGACCCGACGUGAAUGCCCCCGCUGUGAACGCCACUCCAAGCUUUACGGAUACCAAUGGCCCUACACUGACAAGAAUCCUGACGGUGACGAACGAGUCAUGGAUCACCGCACCAUCCACCGGUUCUUGUCCCCAGAUGCACAAUCCCGCAUCAGCCGGCGAGACCGCGGUGUCAGCUUUGGCAUCACCCCUACCCCGGAGUUGUCUGACACACAUACUCCGGAAACGGAGAACAGCGACGCAAAUGAAUCCCAGCGCGACGCGAGAGCGUCUCGUCGUCGCACUAGAGAGCUUCGUAUGACUAUGUAA